AUGAUGACGAUUAGAUUGUUGCUGAUAAUUCUAUUCAUCACACAAAUCAAUGGAAAAAAUCAAAAAACAUUUUCACCAAUAGAAAACAGUCGACCAAUUAUUGGGAUUUUAACUCAACCGGCACCAUCAAUAUGGCAAGCAUCAAAUCGUACUACAUAUUUAGCAGCUUCUUAUGUGAAAUAUGUUGAAUCAACUGGAGCUCAAGUCGUUCCCAUUAGAAUGUAUCAACCAAUAGAUUAUUAUUUGCAUCUGUUUAAUUCGCUUAAUGGAGUACUUUUUCCCGGUGGAGAUUUUAGUAAUGAAUAUUUUUAUGUUGCAAAACUUUUUUAUGCAUGGUCAUUAAAAGAGUUUGAUGAAACAUCUAAAUUGUUUCCUGUAUGGGGAACAUGUCUUGGUUUUGAAGUAUUAUUGAUGUUAACAAGAAGUUCCAUUGAUAUUUUGGAGCCAUGCAAAGGAUAUGAUUUUGCAACAGAACUUACUUUCAUGCCAGAUGCUGCCGAUAGUCAAUUGUUAGGAAGUUCAUUACCGUUGAAUAUAAAAAAUGCCCUACAAAAUGAUUCAACAACAGCAAAUUACCAUAAUUUUUGUAUGCGACCAACAAACUUCUCAGCCGAUCCAAUUUUAUCAACAUUUUACAAGAUGUUAACCAUUAGCCCGGAUUUAGAAGGCAAAACAUUUGUCUCUACUAUUGAAAGUCGUCGUUAUCCAGUAUUUGGUGUCCAAUGGCAUCCUGAAAAGAAUGGAUUUGAAUGGCGUGUCAAUACAACUAUUCCUCAUACAAGCAAUGCCGUUAAAGUAAUGCAAUAUACAGCAAAUUUUCUGACAAAUCAAACACGUCAAAAUAUGAACCAUUUCGAAUCAAUCGAAGACGAGACAAAACAUCUUAUAUAUCAAUAUACAUCCGAAUUCACUGAUCUAGUUGAAUCACAUUUUCAACAAAUUUAUUUCUUUUAUGAAUGA